CAGGACAUUUUUCUCCUUUAUCCUAAUUAAUUGGCUGGAAUCCAACAACUUUACGUCAACCAGCCAACUGCAAUUAGUUAUUUCCUUAUUUUACUAUGUUGGCAGUUGUUCCUGCUGGGUGCAAUAUGGUUGUGGACAAUGCAUUUCAAGUUCAUUCUGCAGUGGGACUCUAUGAAUUAAUUAACAGCUGGAGACCAUAAGAGCCUUCAUUGCUUCUAAUUCAAUGUGGAUGUGGCAUCUGUUUUAUGGAAUGACAGCAUUUUCAGUGAAAGCUUCAAGGAGUCACAGUAAUAUCACUUCUCACAUCAGGGGGCAAAGCUGAGAGGUUUGUCAUUAACUUUGGAGAGUUCUGAAUGGCAGGGAGAAUACUACCGAACUAUCAUCUGAAUUCUACUGCAUCAAUAUCCUUAACCUACAGAUAUCCUGAAUAUGUGUCCUUGCAAACUGCUUCUGGUAAUAGCACUAGCUUUGGUGGUAAAAAUAGCAGUUGCCAUUUUGAUGAGGAAUUCAAAUACAUCUUAUUGCCAGUGUCCUAUGGAAUGGUGUGUGUGGUGGGUGUAAUUCUUAAUACCACAGCACUUUGGAUGUUUGUUUGUAAGAUGCGGCCAUGGAAUGUCAAUAUAAUCUUUAUGUUUAACCUGGCCAUUUCAGACCUUCUUUAUGUGUUAUCUCUGCCACUCCUUACAUAUUACUAUGCCAGACGUAAUGACUGGCCAUUUGGUGUAGUCCUCUGUAAGAUCACCCGCUUCAUCUUUUAUGCCAACCUGUACUCCAGCAUCCUCUUUCUUACCUGCAUCAGUGUCCACAGGUGCUUGGCUGUGUGCUAUCCCAUUCAAUCACUCAGGUGGAUAAAAGUGAAUCGUGCCUGGAUUGUGUGUACAUUGGUCUGGACAUCUGUCAUAAUUUGCCUUAUUCCUAAUUUAAUCUUCGUCACAACAAGUAGGCGGGGUGAUAACAUACUCUGUCAUGACACAACCCGCAGGGAGGACUUUCCAGAGUAUGUUUUGUAUAGUUCUGCCAUCAUGGUGAUCCUCUUUGUCAUUCCCUUCUUCAUCAUUACCAUCUGUUACAGUGUAAUGACCAGAAGACUGAGCAAAACACACAUAUCUGGUUACAGCCCAGCCUCAUCCAACGUCAAGAAAAAGGCCAUUAAAAUUAUCAUCAUAGUGUUGCUUGUCUUUUUCCUGUGCUUUGUACCCUUCCACAUCACAAGAACAAUGUAUUAUACUUUCAGGGUACUCAAGAAGAACUGCAAUGCACUUAACAUUGUGAACUUCACAUAUAAGAUCACAAGACCACUGGCCAGCAUCAACAGCUGCAUUGACCCCAUUUUGUAUUUCCUAGCUGGAGACAAUUAUCGAGGAAAAUUUAUGUAUGCCACAUGGAGAAGAAAAGCUUGUGUUCAACUGUCAGUACCAAACACAAUAUGUGAGCGUAAAAUGCACAAGCAAUCCGAGAUCGGAACUACCUCUGUCUGUACAGUCACCCUGCAUCAGGGAUAUGAUUGAGUCAGAGAAUCAAAGGUUUCCUUUUGGUCCUGAUGCAGGGUUUCAACCUGAAACAUGGACAAUUCCUUUCCUCCCACAGAUACUGCUCGACACACUGAGUUCCUACAGCAGAAUGUUUGCUGUUCCAGAUUCCAGCAUCUGCAGUCUCUUGUGUCUGUUACAUUUUUAAUUCAAUGACCCAGUCAGAUGGAAUCAGACUAUUGGUCCAGGAAACUCUCCCAAUGCAUCGUGAUAGGCCUUGGGCAGACCUGAUGUUCAAAUUAAACCUGUGAUAGCCCAAAACAAUCUUGCCAACUGAACUGGCUAGUGACAAUCACAGACAAUAAACUGUUCAGUUGAGGAAAGGAAAUCAGUGGCAAUAGAGUCCUAUGUAAGACUUCUAUCCUACAUCAGUAUGUGUGUUUGAACCAAUUCCUUGUAUUUCUGGGGACCAUUGCCUACCUUUGUGAAAUUCAAAAUGUGAAAAGGCUGGAAGAAAAUGCAAAUAAUAUACUGACUGAAAGCACAUUUCUUCAGCUAUUUUGCCUCCUCAAAAUUUCCCAUUUUGAGAGGACACAAUUAUUUUUUUUUCUGCUUCACCCCUUUGAGAACUUUUUUGUGUUAAAGGUGCAGCACUAAAUGCAGCUUCUCAAGCUUAUAGCAUUACCAAAAAUAUUUUGUUAGAUUUUGUGUCAAGUUUUGCACCCUGUUUUUGUACAAUUUUCAAACUAUAUUUGGAUUCAUAUCUUGUGAUAUUUAUCUUUCUCAGUUUACAUUUUUGUAUUUUGGAAUGCCUGGUUUACUUAUUUCUUUGU